AUGGAUAACCCGCAACAUUAUCAGCCGCUGUCGCACGCGCUCCAUCCGCCACUUGUCCGCCAGUCGCGGUAUUCGACUUUCAACGCGUCCGGUCAACCCUACCCCGCGAACGGGACGCAGAGAGAGGAGGAAGAGGAGGAGGAGGAAGACAUUGUGGAGGAGGAACUGGACGAGCAGAACCACGACGCGAGCACUCCGGAAAAUAGGGCAACCACAGGCCCGGCCGCUUCGAACCAGCACUCGACCGACCACGCUGGGACACAAGCAGGCGCCUCUCAUUCGCAGUUUGGAGCCAAUUCCAAUGACCCCGAUUCUCCCCAAAACAAGCGUCGGCCGGGUCGUCCCAAGGGUUCUCGCAAUCGGAAGCCUCGCGAAUCCGGCGGCAAACCCCAACACGCCUUCCACAACUAUCCUCCCCCGCCAGCCGGCGCACCCACCCUCCCCGGCGUGACCCCUCAGAACCAGCAAUACUACGAGUUUCAGUGGCGGGUCCUCAACCUGUGCUCAGAGUUCUACGGCGCCGCAGAAGAGCUCGUCAAAGCCACACCAUCACUGGUCAUCGCCCAAUCAUAUCAAAUGGGCCCGUCGAACAAGGUUGAUCCGCUCCAAAUGUUGGGGGAGGCCAAACGGAUCUGUGAUCAACUUCUUCAAAACCCCAGCCAGCUUGUCGGGCACACUCCACCACCGGUAUACCCCACCAUCCCUUAUGCGCCACCUCAACAGCAACCGUCUACAUCGGCGCCUGCCCCUACCAGUGCACCUUCCAUGAUCACCAACGCUCAAUCGUUCGUCAUGCCCCUAGCUCUACCUCAAGGACCGCACCCCCCUCCUGCUAUGUACCCUGCCGUGUACGCAACGCCCCAGCCAUCGCGUUAUCCCACCGCCCCGUACUACCAAUAUGGGCCUGGGCCAGGUGGGUACUAUGCUGCGCCGCCACCCCAGCCCCAGCUUCAGCUUCAGCCUCAGCCUCAGCCCCAACAGCCAACGACAACGCCAUCAGCCCCUCAAUAUGCCACUCCCAAUCCAGGUGGGAUGACAGCCACCAUCAAUAUGAAUACUGCCAAUGUUGGUAGCGCAUCUGGCGCAUGGGCUGAAGAGGAGACAGAGAGGUUGAAGAAACUGGCAGAGCAGAGUCGGACAUCGGGGACAUCUGCUGAAAUUGAUUGGGACUGGGUAGUUAACCAAUGGGGCAACACCCGUACAAGGCAUCAGAUCCUAUUGAAGGCCACAUCCCUUGGCCUUAAAGAGAGUACUACACGGGGAAAUAAACGAAGGCGUGAACCUGAAGCUACACCUGGCGCAUCAGGUGAGACCGCCAGCCCUCGACCGGCGGCUCCCAAUCCGCCAACUAGCACCACCGGUGCAGCAACAACGCUUACAGCUUCGCCAGCUCAAAGUCACGCCUCCACGUCCACACCCUCUGCACAGCAAUCUCCUGCAAUCCAAAACCGUCCUCCUUCUUCACAAGCACGGCCCCAAUCAUCAGCCUCUACUCCUGUAACCAGCCGUCCAACCACUGCCUCUCAGAGCAUGCCCUGGCCGAUGCCCACAGUCGCAGCAACCACGUCGCCGGUGCUCACACCAUCCAAUGCGGGACAAGCUGAACCUCAGCGCCCCAGCUACUACCGUGCAUCAAAACCAUCACCACACGGUAAUUCUUCCGCCGGACAUCCAUACAUGUAUCAGCCAAACGGUGCCGGCUCGAGGGAGGCCCGCGCCCAGACUUGACCCAUUGUCUCGAAUAUGCGAGUAGGACGCUCUAGUUUUUGUGGGAUCCUUCUACUUUCUACUGCCGUUUUUUCCGAUUUUUCUUAUUCCAUUUAGCUUUUUGUUCACUUUUCCUACCACGUCGUCGCUGCCUAAUUAUUUGCUCGAUGGACGCUAGCUGUUCAUCCCGAAUGCGGAGAUAACGAGCUCUCAGUACCUUGGGAGACAAAAUGCCAAUAUGUUUUCAUACC